AGUGCAAGGUUAUUUGUAUUUACUAUUUACUAUACAAUGUGUUAAAUACUUUUAAAAUGAUUAAAUUAAUAUUUGUCCAUGGGAAUAUUUUUGUGUAUGAUAUAGAGGAUUGGUCAGCAUUGCGAAAAGCUCAUAGAAUUGUUGGAAACAUAAUAGGCAGCACCAGUUCCAUUCCUUCGCUGCCACUCAAAUUGAUGCCCGAGGAGGCUUUACUGCUAGUUGAAAAGGAACUUGCUAGUAUUUGGGAAAAUAGAAAUACCGCCAGUGAACUACCAGAUCCAGCUGCCAAUCUGGAAGAUUCCCUACUAGAAGCCCAACAAAAGGAAUAUAGACAACUACGAAAACGCCAAUUAUUAUGUUUAAUAGAUAACAUUGUUGAAAAAAGGCGAUCGAUGGGUGAUCAUCGGUCUAAAGAGGAAAUCCUCAAUGAUGAAAUCAACAAGUCGUCAACAGUGACAAAGGAAAAUAUGAUAUGGCCAAUUUUCUUAAAAGAUCCCAUUCAAUCGCUUAGUGCGAUUUCAACAGAUCUAAUUUCCUCCCAAACGACGACUUUGCGUUUAGUGAUUUUUAAGGAUCUAUGGCAAAGAGGCUACUAUAUAACCAGUGGGGAAAAAUUUGGAGGACACUUUUUAGUUUACUUUGGAGACCCAGUGACAUAUCAUGCAAUCUUUAUUGUAAAGUGCGUUGAUUCGGAAACCACCUUUUCACCUACGGAACUAAUCUCGUUUGGACGGCUUGGUGUUUCAGUGAGAAAACGGGCAGUUUUAGCUUCUAUUAAAAAUGACGCAUUCACUGCCUGUAAAAGCGCAACGCCUAUUCAAACUUGCCACGAAAUAAUUAUGGAUUAUUUUUCACCCCUUGCAACCCUUUUAUUUGAUCCCCAUGCGCAAUAAGAUGAAUCACAACGAAAGCAUGUUGAAUCUGCCUGCUCCACGAGGUUAGCGAUUUUGCUGAAAAGCCGCCGAGUUCCUUACUGUUUUCAAUAAUG